AAAAUCAUGUUACCUAAAUCAGAGUAUUACAAAAAGAAGGGAUUCUUUUUGUCUUGUUUACUUCAUCUAAUCUACACAUUUUACAAGCCAAAAAACUUCCAUGAUAAUCACCCCAUAUAUAUAUGUUCGAAACUUGAAAGAGUUCAUUGUAAAAAGAUGGCUAACUCUCCCUCAAAUCAGCCUAUUCGUUCGAUUAGUUUGCCAUCGAGACCUCACCCACUAGUCCCCCAAAUCGACGAACAUCUAGCUAGUCUAAGGUCUUUCGAGGUGGUUUCUACCUCGGUGUCUCAAUUAUCUUCACUAGGCCACAAACUUAACAUCCUUAAAGAUGUGUAUGAUUGUUUGGGUGAUUUGAUUCUCCUCCCACAAAACCAACAAAAACUUAAGCAAUACUCGAAUGCUGGAUGCAUCGAUGAGUUGCUCGAUGGAUCAUUAAGGCUCUUGGAUGUGUGUGGCAUUGCAAAGGAUGCAUUGUCACAAGUGAAGGAGCAUAUGCAAGAAAUACAAUCUUCUCUUAGAAGAAGAUCCAAUGCAGAGUUAAGCAUCGGCGAGGAAAUGGUUAGGUAUGUGAAUAUGAGGAAGAAGACUAAGAUGAUGAUAAAGAGAUGCUCAAAGGAAGUUAAGGGUAUGAUGAAGAAAAAAACUACCUUUCAAAAAGAUCAUAAGAAUGUUGCAAUGGUAGAUGUUUUGAGAGAAGUUGAGGGAGCAACAGCUGAGAUUUUCGAGUCUUUACUAGAAGCAAUUUCAGGGUCAAAGGCGCUAUCUCAUAAGAGACGUGCUAGUUUGUCUGUUGUUAUGUGCAAGCUGAUUAGGUACCAAAAUGAGUCAUUUAACAAGGAAGAAGAGGUGUCAAAAAAUGAAUUUGAAGAUAUCGAUUCGACUUUGAGUUCUUUGAUCAAUGCUCAGAAGAAGAGGAGCUGUCUCAAUGUAGUGCAAGCUGAGAAUUUGAGAGGAAAGUUUGUCAAGUUAGACUCAACAAUUCAGGAUUUGGAUGAAGUGUUAGAAGGCUUGUUCAGGUGUCUGGUGAAGACCAGGGCAACCCUCCUAAAUCUCAGCUACUAUUGAAAGCUGGAAAAUCAUCAAAAACCACCCCAAAAAAAACGAAAAACCAGAGAAGUUUACAGUAAAAUCUCUGAAUAGAAAUCAGUACCCUGCCUGGCCAGCCUCGAUUUUGUCCGGGUUUGGGCAGCCUUUUUCCGGUUUGAAAAUCACGCCUCGGGUAAUUUUUCCCAGUUUUGGGAACAUUUUUUGGCCUGAAAUGAUAUUUCAGACUAUUUUUGCCUGAGGCACGAUCCAAUCAAACCCGAUUUUUACAGUAUUGAUGUCUUUUUGACUUUUGAACCCAAAGUAGUGCUUGGCCAAAUAGGUCAAGCCUAAAUGGGCUUCUUUUUUUAUCGUGACCUGAUUUGGUCCAUGAUCACCUCUAGAAGAAAUGUCAUAUAUGUAUAGAUUAGUAAGUUAGUCUCAAUGUUCUUCUCAUUUUCGUGUUUUUGGUCCGUCAAGAUGUAUAUUGUAAUUACUUUUUGAGUUUUUUCUUUUUGAAGUUAUGUAUUGUAAUUAAUUGUAUGAUUGUAUCAAUGGCUGUUUUUUUACUCAGUUUCAACACUAUCAUGAUAAUUACCUUGUUAUGAAAAAUCCCUCAUAUUUUUUUGGCUUAAUCCAAAUCAGGUCAUGCGGUUUUGGAUGUAAUAAUUUAGGUUUGAGUUAGGAGAUUCGGAUGUUGUUGCU